AUGGCCGCCAGCUUAUCAUCCAAACGCGCUUCCACGCGCCUCAGCACAUACAGCACCACACCCUCUCUAGCCAACACUGUCAAGACUUCCCUGUCGUCAGCCUCAGCGCAACAAGAGAUCAAGGAUAUCGAGGAAGGCCUUGAAAAGCUCGAGAACAAGAAACUCGAAAACCAGCGAUUCGUACCCAGUCAGGAGAAGACCGAGAACCUCAGCAAAUUAGCGUUAGGAGCCAAGCUAGAACGCGCGUUAGGAAGGAGGAUGGGAGGUCAAGAUGCUGUUAUGCGCGAGCGGAAACCUAAGAUUACCGACGACAAUGCGAUGAACGAAAAGACUGCUGCCGCUGCUGCUUGA